GCUGCCAUAAUGGAGGUCAAGCUGUGUUCUAUAAUGAAAACAACUUUUUUCUUUAAAUAUUUUUAUUUUUCCCCUCACGGCUGUGUAUCUCUUUUUUUUUUUUUUUGCGGACACAGGAGCUUGACAAAGAACUCCCAGUGCUUACACCCUAUUUUGUUGAGGACCCUGGAGCAGCUGGAACAAGGGAAGCCGGUGUGCGGGUCACAUGGCUGGGACACGCCACGGUGCUGGUGGAGAUGGAUGAGCUGGUAUUUCUUACAGAUCCCAUCUUCAGCUCCCGGGCCUCCCCAUCGCAGUACUUGGGACCCAAGAGAUUCCGUCAUCCCCCGUGCACCAUCGGUCAACUGCCCCCCAUCGAUGCUGUGCUCAUCAGUCACAACCACUACGACCAUUUGGACUACGGUUCUGUCGCCGCCCUCAACGAGCGAUUCGGGAACGAGCUGAGGUGGUUUGUGCCCCUGGGUCUCCUCGACUGGAUGCAGAAAUGCGGCUGCGAGAACGUGAUCGAGUUGGACUGGUGGGAAGAGAACUGUGUUCCGGGUCAUGACGAGAUCACCUUCGUCUUCACCCCUGCCCAGCACUGGUGCAAAAGAACCCUCCUGGAUGACAACAAGGUGCUCUGGGGCAGCUGGUCCGUUCUGGGGCCUUGGAACCGAUUUUUUUUUGCAGGAGAUACUGGCUACUGCUCCGUCUUUAAAGAGAUAGGAAAAAGAUUUGGGCCAUUUGACUUGGCAGCUAUUCCCAUCGGAGCUUACGAGCCAAGGUGGUUUCUGAAAUAUCAGCACGUAGACCCCGAAGAAGCAGUGCAGAUCCACAUCGAUGUGCAAAGCAAGAAAUCCGUGGCCAUUCACUGGGGAACCUUCGCUUUAGCAAACGAGCAUUACCUGGAACCGCCAGUGAAGCUGGGCGAAGCUCUAAAAACACAUGGACUGAAGCAAGAAGAUUUUUUUGUCUUAAAGCAUGGAGAAUCAAGAUACUUAAAUACCAAGGAAGAAAACUGAGUAACUAUAAACAGAGGAGCUUUUUUAAAGAAAAAAAAAAAAAAAGACAUCAUCUGAUACAAGUGUGAAAGACAAAGGAAAGACUACGAAGUUAUGAAUAUUAUGCCUGUUUUUAGCUAUAGCUUCUGCGAGUUUGUGUUUCAUGUCUGAUAACUUACUUACUCAUACGAUGACCAGUUCAUAGAUGAAAUUAAAAACGAAGACCUCAGGGCAGGGCAUUUAAAUGAUGAAUUGACUAAUGAGUUUAAAGUUUCUUAGGUUACAAAAAACUGAUGAGACUCAAUUUUUAAAGAAAAAAUGUCAGGGCCUGUGAUAAGAUGAAUCAAGGCUGGCUGCCACUCUAGAUUGUUCAGAGGCCUACACCUGCACAUAUAUAUAUUUCUAUAUUUUUGUAAAGAUUUAUUUAUUUUUACUGGAAAGGCAGAUUUAUAGACAGAAGGAGACACAGAGAUAAGGAGAGAUGGAGAAAGAUCCUCCAUCUGUUGGUUCACUCCCCAAAUGGCCGCGGGCCAAUCCGAAGCCUCUCCCAUGUUGAGUGCAAGGUCCCAAGGCUUUGGGCUGUCUUUCACUGCUUUCCCAGGCCACAAGCAGGGAGCUGGAUGGGAAGUGGAACAACUGGGACAAGAAUUGGCAGCCGUGUGGGAUGUUGGCGCUUGGAGGUGAAAGAUUAGCUGGUUGAGUCCUCUCCCGGCCCCCAACUAUGCUGCUUAUAUUUACAUUGUAGUAAAUGAUAAAAUUGACUCGCACCUACUUGUAAACAUAGCUGAGUUUGCUCUACCUAGAUUAGCUUAUUUGCCAAAUAUUGAUUUAUUUUGCUACGCAUAAAAUCUCCCAUCUUUAAAGACAACGUUUUUGUUAUGCUGAACUCCUCUGUGUCUCGCACCCUUUGACACAGUAACCAUGGCUGGGGACACCGUUCCUGGGCGUGCAGCAAACUCACCAUAUUGUGAAGCCAUGACCACCACACCCUUAGAAAGGGGAAGGAGUAAUAUUCUAGUGCAUGUCUACAAUGCCUACACCCCAAAUCCUCUGACUGGGGUAGAGGAAGGGAAACGAUGUGACUACAAGGAUAUAACUUAAGAUAUUUGCUAUUUCUAAUCUAAAAGGUCUUCUGCUAGGCACAAAUACAGCCACAAUGCAAUCUUUUAUAAAUGCAGAUUUAAAUAUUACUAGACCAAACCCUUUCAAUUAAAUAAUACUUUCUCUCCAUACAUUUGCCUUUGCUGGUCUCUUUAACUCCAAAUAGAUCAAUGAGACCCAUCUUAUAUUUUGUUCCCUGUGAGUCACACGUCCUGUUUUUAUGGUAAAUGACCGCCACACGUGAUUGUAGCUUCUGUUAAGCCAGUGUGGGAUACCACCGGUGGUGGUAAGACGAUGGUGAAUCUGGGAUCCAGUCGGACCCACAUCUUGGUCCUAACCGAAAGCUCUUGACUCCUCAGAGCCUUCCCAAGGGAGGGGACUGCAUUCCAGACCGUUGGAGGUCCGACCUGAUCCACUGACUCAGCGUGGUUAAUUUGAGUCGCACAAAAUAAUGCAGGUAUGUUUUGUACUUUCGGUGCUACUGAGACGGAGCUUUGUAACUUGGCUUGCAUGCCCCUUGUUAGCAAGGGGAAAAAAAGGUAGUCCUGCUUCAUCACAGCUUUCCCGUGUAAACCCAGACGAGUCACCUGCGCCCGCCGUGCCUCUGUUUCCUCACGGUCGACCUACCUCCAAAAAUGUGCAGAUUAAAUGUGGUUUUUAUAAGGCACUUUAGAAACAUAAGGGAGAAAGUCAUCUCUUAAGAUUUCACUUCCUAAUUUACUGAGAAGUCUAUUUGAAAGUUAAAAAUAGGCUCCUGCUUUUGAUAGUCUGUUCACGUUUUGCUGAUAGAAGCAAAUAUGUAGGACAUGCAGGUGUCCUAGGGAGAUACGAGGCACGCUUACUGAUAUAAGCACUCGCAUAGCAAAUUCAACGUUGAAGACUGACAGCCUCGCCUCACUCAUUUCGUAGCCUUAGAGAGGAAUAGCCAAAGUAAAGGUGAAUGGUCUUUAUCAAAAUUAACUAUCUUUUCUCUACAAAGCUUUGACUCAUUCAAGGGGGGAAAUAUGUACGCGGCGUGUAUGCGUAUGUGAUACACGUGGGUGUGUGUGAUCUGUGGGCACUAAAGCAUGAAAGAUUUCUCCAUAAAAAUAAAACCUUUAGGAAACAACUGAAUUAGCACAGGUGCUUAAGUAGAGGUGAAUCGGGUGGUCAGCUCUGGGGUGUACUGCCCGCAGGCUGGCCAGCUUCAUCGUAGUCAUCCGUACUGCACCCGCAACUGAAAAUUGACCUGACCUCUGCUGACAGGUGCGAGCCAAGCAUAUCUGGCUAAAGCAUUCCUUCUCUGUG